AUGCCGCCUGCAAAGAAGCGCCCGUGCCGGCGCUGGCCGUUCGUGCCCGCCGAGCGAUUUCCUUCGUAUCCGCGCCUGGCGCCUCGCCUCAGGGCGUUCAUUCGUCAACAAAGACAGCACUUGCGGGCGGAACUCGUCCGGCGUCGAGAACAGCAGUACGAGAGCGCUGUCUGUCUGUCGAUACGCAGCGGGGCAGAGCCGCCGUUUUGUGUCGCGCCAAAGCCAGGCGCUCCCGAUGCAGGCGCGGAGAGUCGAGGGCGCGUGGCCACAGAAGACCAGAGUGGAGGCGCUCCUCGCUCUCUGCAGAGGAAAAGGCCCUUUGAGGAGACGAAAGAGGAAGAGUGCUGUCCGAAUUCGCCAGAGAGAGACGAGGCGCAACCGCAGUCUCCUGGUGCGUCGCCUGCGCACCACGCGACGCGGUCUGGUCUCGGCCCGCGCGACGUGCGCUGCGCCCCCGUUUCGCCGCGUCAAAACGCCGCUUUCCCUCCCGAUGGCUCUCCAUCCCGGUCCCGGGUCGCCGACCCGCAGUCGCCUGUCUUUCGGCCGCGCACUGACGGCGCUUCGUCCAAGCAGGGAGGCGCCAAGCCCCUAGGGCCCAGCGGCAGUGCGGCGUCUGUGCCUGGCGCCGCGGGUCUCUUCCCCUUUGCUUCUCAUCGUUUUCUUCCUCCGCGGUCGGAGCCGGAGCGGGCGGUCCGGCUCGGCCUCCUCCAGCGACAGUUGCUCCUCAAGCGGCAGCUGCAUGCGCGCCUGGUAGCGACCCUCGGAGAAGUUGAACGGCGGUACGAAAAUUUCGUGGAGAUCUCCGCGAUGGAAGAUCGAGAGUCUGCGCAGGAGAUCGAGGAGGAGGAGCAUCAAGCACACAUCGAGAAGCAACAAGACGAGCUCGAGGCUCUGCAUGCAUCGAUGGAGAAGCGCCGCGCUUCUCAGAGGGCCGACCGGGAACGCAAACUUCUGCACGAACGGCUGACCCGCCAGCGGUGUCGGGAAAGGCGACGACGUGCACAAGAGGAAGAAAUCCAGAACGUCACCAGUGGAGCGCCGCCGUCGAUCUUGAUGAAGGAAUUGACCGCUCUGUCGGCCUUCGUUGCAGGCGGCCUCCCUGCAGGCGUGGCUGCGGCAGCGUUAUUGGGAGGCAGAAGGCUUGCAUCCUCCGCAGAGACUGCCCAGACACCCGGCGGAGCUCUUGCUGCCGCAGAAGAUUUCCGGAACUCGGACGCUGCGGAGUUUUUCGCACAAACUGCGCGGCCAGAUGGCGCCAGUGCUGGAGACAGGAUCGGCAAACCCAUGCCUGAGAACUUUCGCGGACGUGCGCCAGGGUCGGAGGACGGCCUCUACGGGGCUGCGGUCUCUGCGGGGAACCCGGAAGCCGAGUUCGGCGCUCCCCAGGCAACUUUGCAUUCGCGGCAUGAUCCAGCGUCAGCUUCACGCACACCUGCGCCUCAGCGCCUGCUGACGCGCAUGGCGCCUGUUGGCCCGCUCCUGCGCAGCUCUCCACGGAGCCUUUCCGGAGCUGCGUCCGGGUGGGGAGUCGCCCAGAAAGGACCGGGCGGGCCUGGCGAGGCAGGACCGCUGAGCGGGUCAGGCCUCGCCUCGUCGGGCGGAAGAGGAGGCGGACUGGGCAGAAAAGGCCUUCGACACCGCGGAGGAUCUCGAGCAGCCUCGGCGACUGCGGCGGCAGCGGCAGGCGGUCCAACCAGCAACCUGGCGAUGCUGCGCGGUCUGGGCGUCGGAGUCGGCGGUCCCCCUGGAGGUAAAGCCGCUGCCGUUUUGGUCGGUUAUGGCCAGCAAAAGCCUGUGGCUGUGAAGGCGGGGGGACGCGGCGGACGUUGCUCCAUGCGAGGCCCCGGCCGAGGCGGCAGUGCAGCCAAACGCAGCCUUCUGGCGCCGGCGGGAAGCAGCAGUGGAAAGGUAGGCGCUCCCGGAUCCGGACCGGGAGGCGGAACUGCGUCGCCGGACGGGUCUUCUGGUGCGUUUGCACCCGGCGUCAGUGGGGCCGCGCUGUCUCCACUGCAGGUCGCGUGUCCGCCGGCGACUUGGAACCCUGUGGUGUCAGGGAAUGGAGGGACUCCUGGGCAGCCGCAGCAAGUUCUCCUGCCUGCAGGCCUCACUGCCUCUCACCUCGCCGCCUUCAACGCGAACGCCGCGGCGCUUCAGCAGGGGACCACCGGAGCUGCGGCGGGAGCGGGGUCGGGCAGCGCCUCCACGUCUGCCGGCCAAGCCUCGGCCUCAGCAGUCGGUGCUCAGCAGCAUCGAGGACAUCUCUCAGGCGGUGCCAGCAGCCGCCUGUCGGCUGCAGCUCCGGGAACGCAGCCAAGCGGCGCAGGGGCGGCUGCAGGCUCUGCCUUGUUGUCGCUCGCGAACACGCAGGGGAGCGGCGCGGGUGGAACUGGAACUGCAAGCGAAGCAACGAAUUCAGCAGCUGCGGCUGCCGCAGCGAUGCGGCCCCUAAUUGCGGCGGCAGCAAGUGGGUUGCACGCGAACCACUUCCUGCUGACGGGCUUGAAUCCCCUCGUGGCAGCUGCGAAUGGACAGGCCAGAGCAGGACCGCGAGUGUCCCCCGGAAGUGGGGUAGCCGGCAGUUCACUCGGUGCAGGGCUGGGAUCCGAGGGGAAGGCGCCGCUGCUCGUCGAGUUGCAAAAGUUGGCUAGCGGAGGCGGCGGUCUGUCGGAGGGAGCGUCGCAAGCAGGAGUUGAGUCUUCAACGUCUGCUCAGAACAGCAGAGCGGCGGUAGCCAGGGCCACGCCCUCGGUGUCGACCUUGGCCGGUACAGCGGCAACAGUGGGGCCGUCGACAAGCUCUGCGGCGAGCGCUGCAGCGAAUCUCGUUGCGGCUGCAGUGUCUCAGCAGAAUCGGCAGCAACAGCACGCGGGAGCAUCAGGCGCCAGUGGAGGAGGCGGGCCAGGCAGCGUCCGCGGUGCCGGGGUGAAUCGAAACGCUUUGGGAGCAGCGGCUGGACAACUGUCCGCCGCCUUGGCCGCUGUCGCUGCAUCGAACGCGACUGGGUCGUCGACCGGCAGCCAGCCUCAGCUCCUCACUGCGAUGCUUCAAGCGGUUGCAGAUGCGGUACGGGCAGAGCAGCAGAGACAGCAGCUGUUGCAGAAACAGCAGCAGCUUCAGCUUCUUCAGCAACUGCAGCAGCAACCCCAACUGCAACAGCAGCUUCUCCAGCAGCAGCCGCAAUUCCAGCAGCUGGUUCUUCAACACCGUCAACAACAGCUCUUACAGCAGCAACAGAAAUUGGUCCCUCAGCAGGCACAACUGCAGUUACAGCUUCAACAGCAGCAGCUGCAGCAGCAACUGCAACAGCAACUGCACAUGCGACAGCAGCAGAUCUUUCAGCAGCUGCAACAGCAGCAGCUGCAACAGGACCAGCCUCAGGAGCCGCCUCAGCCACUGCCGAAACAGGUUAAUCAGCUACAGCAGUCAGACCAAUCCCAGCUUCAACUUCAGCAACAACUGCAGCAGCUGCACGUGCAGCAGCAACUCCAGCAGGCUCUGCCGCAGCUUCUCCAACAGCGACAACAGGCAGAAGAGGCAGGAGAAAAUGUGUCAGGGGCAUCAUCACUGCUGGGCCAAAUCUCCGACGUGCUACGCAAGGCAGCUGCGACGCAGUCUAACUCUGCACUUGCUGGUCCGGGAGGGAAUCUGCAAGCUCAGGCGAAGUCUGUACCAGCCGCAGAUUCGAAGCGGCCACCAGUUCUGGGGUCCGUCGCAAGUCUUGCCCGAGCACAGCAGACGUUGCUGGCGGGAAGCGCAGAUGAUAGUGUGUCUCUGAGGACGUCUCCAGGGGUACAAACAGCUGGGGCCAGGCUCGGGUUCGGUUCUGGCGAGGGUACUUCUGGCUGA